AUGGAAAAAUUUGCCAUUACUCUUAUUAUAUUUACUGUUUUUUGGGGUUUAAUUGGAAUUGUUUUGCCAUUUUUAAUUCCUAAAGGACAAAAUAAACGUCUUAUUCAAGUCAUGCUAACAUUAACAUCUGCUUGUUGUUGGUUAUUUUGGUUAUGCUUUUAUCUACAUCAAUGGAAACCAUUAUUUGGUCCUCAACUUAAAAGAGAUAAUGCUCGAAUAAUACGUUCUCUUUGGGGAUCAGAAUUUUAA